GGCCGUUGGGCUACCCCCUAUCCACAGUCACACACACACACACAGCGGCGGGGCGGGCAACAUGGCGGCCUCUAUCUCCCCGCUACGCUCCUCCUACAGGAUUUGUAACAGUCUGUCCUUCCACCACUACCGAGCCAAACUGCGGAUGCACAGAAAGUGCGAGAGCCAGAGAAGACAUCUCCAUGCGUCAGUCACCAGGCAUGCUGCAGUGGUGGUGUCAGGGACAGAGAUGGCACGUCAGAUUCACAGAGAGAUUCAGAGGGAGGUGGAGGAGCUGGUCACCGGCGGCAACAUGAGACCCCACCUGGGUGUGGUGUUGGUUGGGGACGACCCGGCUAGUCGCACCUACGUCAGGAACAAGACCAGAGCUGCUAGUAUACUGGGUAUCUCUAGUGACACGGUGGUGAAACCUACCUCUGUCUCUCAGGAUGAAUUACUGGAGCUGAUAGAUAAGAUGAACAGAGACUGGAAGGUCUCAGGCCUGCUGGUACAACUACCUCUACCAGGGCACAUCAAGGAGCGUGCUGUGUGUAACGCCAUAGCUCCAGAGAAGGACGUGGAUGGAUUCCACAUCGUCAACAUAGGGAAGCUGUGUCUGGGCCAGACGUCUAUGGUGCCUGCUACACCUGCUGCUGUGUGGGAGAUCAUCAGGAGAACAGGUAUCGAGACAGUGGGGAAGAACGUGCUGGUGGCCGGACGCUCUAAGAAUGUAGGUUUGCCCAUCGCCAUGCUGCUUCACACAGACCGCAACCACCAACGCCCUGGAGGUGAUGCCACGGUAACCAUCGCCCACAGGUGCACCCCCAGAGAGCAGCUGAAGGAACUGACCCGUCUGGCCGACAUCGUCAUCGCAGCUGCAGGUGUGCCUGGGCUGAUCACAGUAGACAUGGUGAAGGAGGGGGCAGCGGUUAUCGAUGUGGGUAUUAACCGUGUCCAGGACCGGACCACAGGGAAACUACGGCUGGUGGGCGACGUGGACUUCGAAGGGGUGAAGGAGAAGGCGGGGUUUAUCACGCCAGUUCCUGGAGGGGUGGGGCCUAUCACGGUCGCAAUGCUGAUGAAGAACACUGUUGCUGCUGCCAGAUACGCACUGACGCACUGACACACACACACACACACACACACACACACACACACACACACACACACACACACUGAAACACACUGACACACACACACACUGAAACACACUAAAAAACACACACACACACACUAAAACUCACACACAAUGAAACAGAUGCUGAGACACACUGACACACACACACUGGAACACACUGACACACACACACACACACACACUAAAACUCACACACAAUGAAACAGAUGCUGAGACACACACUCCAAGUAGAGCCAUACCAAGCACGUUAAAACACUCCGCACAUCCAGGGGUGUUUGUUGCUUUUUUUCAUGUGUUUUAGUUUUUUAUUCAAGUUAUUUAAAGUUAUUUAUUUUGAAGCUCUUUAUUUGAGAGUUUUUAUGUGUGUGUUUUUUUCUACCGAAGCCGUUUAGUGUUUAACGUUAAUGAAAAAUAUUGCGGCUGGUUCAACUGGAAGAACAAAACAAACAAUAAAACUCUCUAACCUGGUGA